UUAACCACUUCCCGUCUGGCCCAUGUACAUAAACAGCUGGAUGGGAGCAGUGCAGGAGCAGGUGGCCAUUUAUAAAUGGCCCCCACAUUCACUGCCUGUGCGCGCUCCCUCGAAGCACGCGGCACCGUGAUCUGGAGGACACAGUGGAACACUGAUCGCUGUACGUGUGAGGUCCCGAUUCAUGUGAUCCCUGAUUGGCCAAUCAGAGAUCACAUGCAGAGUAGUAAGCAAGAUGUCACUUCUGACAUCAUUGCUUACUACGUGUGAAAUCUGUGAAUGAUCACAGAGGUCACAUGGUACAAGUCUAUUCACAACAGCCUUUUACCAUGUGACAAGCUGUGACCAAUCACAGCUCACACAGUA